CAUUGUUUGUCAAUCGUCCUCAUGUCCACGGGCAUGCAGCACUUCGUCCGUGGAGAAGGCAGACUUGCCUUUCCCGCUCAGCAAGCCUCUCAGCCUGCCAACGACCGUCGUCGACUAGCUAGCAAUGCCAAAAUUCCUGUUCCGGGUACUCCACGUAAAGGACCUACUGCUCCAGCACCUCCAAGCAAUCCAGCGUUUGGUGCUCCGCCAGCAUUCACGUUCGCGAAACCCAUCAGGCCGACGUCUGCUCUGGCCCAAGCCCGCAAUUCCAUUGGCCAAAAUGAGAAAGGAAAGCACACCGUUCGCCCAGGACGGGAUGCCUACGAGACGGAUGCUGAGAGCUUGGACACGACUGUCCACGACGCUCGAAGCGCUGCUCAAAGCGUUGUGCAGGUGAAAGACAGUCAAGCCCCGGAGUACACUCAACAAUACAGCGACGACCCUGAAGAGCCUGAAAGCGACGACGAGGGCGAGCACCAAGGCAACCAAGAGGGCAAUGUCGAAGACAGUCAAGACCGCAUUACUCGUCAUGAACCUGUUCCCUCCAAAACGCUUCAUUUCCUAGAUAGGCGUCUCCUCGAUAAUACGGAGCUGGACUCUUACCCAACCACCACUUCAGGUAGGAUGGAAGACGAGGAUGCUCAUGGAGGUGAUGCAAGCUCAGAACCUGAGCUAGACCAAGUCCCGUCUCCGAGUCCAAAGAAGCAACGCCGACGCUUCGCCCGCUCUCAAGUAGAAGAGGGUCAUAACGCCCAACAAGCUCGUCAGCCCAUCAAUCUACCAGUACACCCUGCAGUUUCGGCUAGCCAGCUUCCUGAAGUCGGCGCCUCGAGGUCGAGGUCUUUCCCGACUCUUGCUACGCAGGGUUCUGACAGGCCUCGGACUCAAGCGUCAACUCAAGCUCAGCUCCAAGUCUCGGAUCAAUCUCGCCAACAAGCGGCUGCUCUUCGUGCUAAUAAUAAACCUCAGCAUCAGCAUCCUACUCAACCGGUAGCCCGUCCAAAGAGCGCCGGUGGCCGAUCCAAUCACCAAGCGUUACAGGCGACUCCGCAAUCCGAAAUGCCCCCGCCUCCCAUCUACGGCCUCAAUUCAACUCAGCCUCCAGCUUACAGUCAUACCCCCAAGGCCGGCCAAGGACUGGAUCUGGACACGCCGGCUCAGGAACUGUUCACACACGCAACUCACGCUCACCAGCCAAAGGCCCAGUUCGCGAAGCCGACUGUUACUGCUCAGUCGCAAGGCCAGCGCGAGUCAACGCCCGCUGAGGAGACCAACUAUGAAGACUACGACCGUCCCGCCUUGUUUGAGAUGGAAUACAAGAAGCUAAAGAACGAGUCCUUCGACACCAUACCACGUGGAAUUCCAUUGCCUCUCUCCGAUGAGAUGAAGAACGCUUCACUUGAAGAACGUCUCGACUUUGUCCAGCAAAGGCUUUCGACAGAAGACCAGAACAAGUUCUUCGGCUCAAUUUCCACGCGUGAAUGGGAGGAGGCUGGCGAUUGGUUCCUCGGACGUUUCGGAAACAUCGUAAAGAGAAUGACCGAAGUGAGGAAGGAGAAGCGAAAGCGAGCUAUGGAGUUCGAGAAUGAGAUCGAAAAGCGACACGAGCACGUAGCGAAGAUGCACAAGACGGUUGAGGAUGCUAUGGAAAAGAUGAGGAACAAAGGACAGACGUUGCUUCCUCGCUCUCCCCGACGGGACUAGUGAUCUUGAUCUGGAUCGAUGUGUGGAGAACCUACAGAUGAGUUGUGAGUUAUGAGUUAUGGUUACAUGCAUUAGGCGGUCGAAAAGGAAAAGUUAGGCAUCUUUACCAGGACGUUGUCGAUUUCUUUUUUCCACUUCACGGUUCCGCAUCUUCGGAGUCUGCAUGGGGUGGAGUCGAUAUUUUGAGCCAAGUCGAGAACAUCCAGAGAGAUUGUACAGUAUGGUCUCCACAUUGCGCGGCGCUGUAUACCCUUCAAGAUAUAUUUCAAAUUCGUACUGUUAUAGAGUUUUGCUCAAGGGCAGACAUGUUCGUAUUCCAACAUAGUUUCUACCCUGAUAAGAUCAGAUUCAAACCCACAAGUCACCAGGCAUUUCCUUAACUCAACUACUAGAUGCAAAGGCUAUGCUAAGGGAGUAUGCGCAGCAAAAAUAAGACCGCUCUUAGUGUUUU